GCAGCUUGCUCUGUUGCCCAGGCUGGAGUACAAUGGUAUGAUCUCGGCUCACUAAAACCUCCACCUCCUGGGUUCAAGCAAUUCUUCUGCCUCAGCCUCCUGAGUGGCAGGGAUUAGAGAAGCAUGACACCAUGCCUGGCUAAUUUUUGUAUUUUUAGUAGACAUGGGGUUUCACCGUAUUGGCCAGGCUGGUCUUGAACUCCUGACCUCAACUGAUCCAACUGCCUCAGCCUCCCAAAGUACUAGGAUUACAAGUGUGAGCCACUGCACCCGGACUUCUGUCAUAUUCUUGAUGUGAUUUGCAUUAUUAGUGUCAUCAAGAUUAUGGGUUACUUAAUUACAGCUACCAUAUGUGUAUAUCUCUAUUUAGCACCAAGCAAAGCAGCAUGGGCAAUAAUCCCUACUUAAAAUGUUUGGUGAUGUUGAACAUGUUUUAUCUUCUACAAAUCUUUUAGGAGUUCCCUUGCACCAUAAGGGCUUAUCUCCAAAGGCUCACCACCAUUCUACACAUUUGCUUUGAUGAAAGGGUUUGGUUUUGAUGGUAGACCUGAAUUUGGAUACCUGCUCCAAUAUAUGCUGAACAAGACUUUGACAAUAAAUAGUUAAAAUAUACUUCACAAAGCAGAUGUACAGUUUCCAUAAAGUAAUAGCUAAAAAAAAAUGGUAGUUCCCUUUCCUCAUCCUAUCUUGCAGCAGUGCCAGAAUUAGGGUGAAGAGAUUAGGGUGUUAUAUCAUUCUUUGUAAAUGUAUCCAUUGAGUAUUGUAGGGAUUUGAGAUCCAACAUCAUUCAUUUAAAAACCUAUGAACAGAAGACUUAAAGUUUCAGUUUGGAAUUAGUACAAGUGCAGGGUUAAAUGGUAUCUUUAUUUGAAAUUUUGACAUAUUGUUAAACUUUUGGCAAUAAUUUUGAUUUUUUAAAAUACUGCAAUAAAAUAUUUAUCUAAAUUACUGAGUUUUUUGAUGCACCCUUCAAGGUUGAGCAUGAGGUGAAUGUCUCACUCCUCCACCCCAGUAAGUGACUCUGACUUAAAGGAUGAUGCCAGCAGGAAUGCAUUCCUUUAGAACAAACAGCCCAGUGGAUGAAACAGGGUCAGAAAAAUUUUAUCGUGACCUCUAGGUGAGAAAAUGGCUAGCAACAAUCAUUGGUUUCAGAGUUCGCAGGUCCCCAGCUUUGCCCAGAUGCUGAAAAAGAACCUGCCAGUUCAACCAGCGACAAAGAUGAUAACUACACCCACAGGAUGUUCCUCAGAAAGUUACAGCCUGUCCAAGAUGGCAUCCAAGGUUACGCAAGUAACGGGUAAUUUUCCAGAACCGUUGCUUUCCAAGAAUCUUUCAUCUAUUUCAAAUCCUGUCCUUCCUCCAAAAAAAAUACCUAAGGAAUUUAUAAUGAAAUACAAACGUGGAGAAAUAAAUCCUGUGUCAGCCUUGCACCAGUUUGCACAAAUGCAGCGAGUUCAGCUUGACCUUAAGGAAACUGUGACAACAGGUAAUGUUAUGGGACCAUAUUUUGCCUUUUGUGCUGUGGUGGAUGGUAUUCAGUACAAGACUGGACUGGGACAAAAUAAAAAGGAGUCUAGAUCCAAUGCAGCAAAAUUAGCUCUUGAUGAGCUUCUACAACUGGAUGAACCUGAACCACGAAUUUUAGAAACAUCAGGUCCUCCUCCUUUCCCUGCAGAACCUGUUGUUUUACCUGAACCAGCAUAUGUUUCAAAAGUACAUUAUGAAGGGAGACAUAUUCAAUAUGCAAAGAUUUCACAGAUCGUUAAAGAAACAUUUAAUCAACUAAUUUCUAAUCGUUCAGAAUACCUGAAAUAUAGCAGUUCAUUGGCUGCUUUUAUAAUUGAAAGAGCUGGACAACAUGAGGUUGUAGCUAUAGGCACAGGUGAAUACAAUUACAGCCAGGACAUUAAGCCAAAUGGAAGAGUAUUGCAUGACACUCAUGCUGUUGUUACAGCAAGAAGGUCUCUUCUUAGGUACUUUUAUAGACAACUUCUGCUCUUCUACAGCAAAAAUCCUGCUAUGAUGGAAAAAUCAAUAUUUUGUACAGAACCAACUUCUAAUCUACUCACUCUUAAACAGAAUAUCAACAUUUGCCUUUACAUGAACCAGUUGCCUAAAGGAUCGGCCCAGAUUAAGUCACAGUUACGUCUUAAUCCACAUUCUAUAUCUGCAUUUGAAGCCAAUGAAGAACUCUGUCUCCACGUGGCCGUUGAAGGCAAAAUUUAUCUGACUGUUUACUGUCCUAAAGAUGGUGUUAAUAGAAUAAGCAGUAUGUCCUCAAGUGACAAAUUGACCAGAUGGGAAGUACUUGGUGUACAGGGAGCAUUGCUGAGUCAUUUUAUACAGCCAGUUUACAUCAGCAGUAUACUUGUUGGUGAUGGGAAUUGCAGUGAUACCAGAGGCUUAGAAAUCGCUAUAAAGCAACGUGUUGAUGAUGCACUCACUUCAAAACUUCCAAUGUUUUACUUAGUCAACAGACCUCAUAUUAGUUUAGUACCCUCUGCAUAUCCACUUCAAAUGAACUUGGAAUAUAAAUUUUUGAGUCUGAAUUGGGCACAAGGAGAUGUUUCUUUGGAGAUUGUGGAUGGCCUGAGUGGGAAGAUCACUAAAAGUUCCCCAUUUAAAAGUGGUAUGUCAAUGGCAAGUCGGCUUUGUAAGGCUGCAAUGUUAAGUCGGUUUAACCUGCUUGCCAAAGAAGCAAAAAAAGAAUUACUUGAAGCUGGUACAUAUCAUGCAGCUAAGUGUAUGUCUGCCUCCUAUCAAGAAGCUAAAUGUAAGUUGAAAUCCUACUUACAACAACAUGGCUAUGGAUCCUGGAUUGUGAAAUCUCCCUGCAUAGAGCAAUUUAACAUGUGAAAUAGGCAAUCCCUUAUCACAUUAAAAAUCUUGUAUUGUUUGGUG